GCAAUUUUCAUAACUGCGUUGUAAAUAAACUGGACUAAAUUAUUUUUAGCUGACCUGGCUAGCGGCACCCUCAGCAGUUGUCACCGGGACCGCAUCUGCAACACAGCUUCCUUGUGUGGUCUCCCAUCGCAAGCGACCUUUUACCGCAUGAUGGCGAAGAUUUUAUUACCGGUGUUGUGUGCGUGUGUCCUAGUGAGCGGGGCGCCGCCUAAGGUCCCUCAGGAGUCCGGACCACCAUGUCCCCCCCUCGAAAUUCCUGACGAUGCUGUAGUUAGCGUGGUUGUGGAAGGACGCGUGUCUCUCGUCAGAUGCGGGUCAGUACAACAUGUGUUAUUGUGUGUGUCUGGCAGGUGGUCCUCCCAGUUCCCCUGCUCCAGUCAGCACACCUGGAAUAACUUGGAAGCUGAACAUGGUGAGGGAUGGAGGGCGUGGAACAAUGUGGACGCAGCGAGCCACGUGGAGGGAGGAACUUUUAGCGAACUGGAAGCUGUUAGUGGCGUGGGGAGGGGCAGAGAGAAACGGUCUCCUAACACGGGGAAGUACGAAGCCUUGAGACGUCGAGUGAAAGUCCAGAGAAAGAUCCGGCAGGGGCUGUUAGCGACAACCAUAGACCCGAGCACCCCGCCCCUCGUCAGCGUCCACGAUGGGAGUGACGCCUUCCUGCUGUGUCGCGUCCAGAACCUGGGCGGCCACUCCGUGUCCUGGAUACGACAGAAGGAUAACCGUGUCAUCGCCAUCGACUCGACCGUCCUCGUUGGCGAUUCUCGUUUCUUGCCGAGCUCCGAGGACCAGACGGAGACGGGCUUCCUCAGGAUCUCUGGCGUCCGCUCCUACGACGCCGGCGAUUAUGAGUGUCGAGUGAGUACUCGGCCGCCGCUGAGGAAGGUGGUCACGCUUCAGGUGGUGCCACAAGGACAACCUCUACACGCGCGUGACCGUGACCAGCCAGAGGAACGUCAAGAAGUGAACUUCUUGCUGAAAAACAUCUCGGCCCUGUGGGAGGAGGUAAAUGACCUGCGUCAGGAGGUGAACCACCACCUACACCAGGACCACGACGAGUCCGACCACGACAACAUUCUGAGAGAGACGGGCGUCCUGCACCACGAGCACCACGUUCACCAUCUUCGCCGACCUCACGAAAGCCACAACGAUCACCAUGAUGGUGAACUGUUAAAUCACCUCAACACCUACCAUGGCCACGCCCAGCAUCAGGGGCACCAGGAGAGCAGUGACCAGAACCAGCAAGGCGAAAGCGCUGAGGAAAACGAUGGUGAAGACGAUGACCAUGAUGAAGGGGCCGACGAUGAUGACCACUCCGACCAUGGAGAUGAGAGCCACCACACACUGGGCCAUGAUGAAGACGCCCACGACCAUCAUGGCCUCCAUCAGGACUACGACGAAUACCACGAACACGGCCAUGAGCAUGGAAAAGAACACGGCCACGGUCACGAGCGUGGACACGGUCAUGGUCACGGUGGAAGGGGCCACGGGAGAGGCAGUCAUCAUCACCAGCACAGUGAAGAUGGCGAGGAGCAGUCACUCGGGUCUCCAGAAGCACCGGAGAGGAAACCAAAUGAUCCCUGGAGACGAGCUACCUGCACCUUGGAACCCAACGCUGAGAUGCCUAGCUCUGACGUCAGAGGCUCCAUCACCAUUUCACAGAGG